AUGCCCGCGCCGCGAGCCGUCGCUGUUUGGGCGAGAUUGAUCCCCGCGCCUCUUUAUCCCCUCCAAGAGAUUGAUUUACGAAGUAGGCACCUCAAAGUUGACCUACGCACGACAUAUGUCGGCUACUCGGGAAAAAAGAAAGCAUGGCUAUCUUACCAAACUCAACUUCAUGCGAAACUUGCACAAGCGUGGUCCACGUCACAGAGUACGCGACUCAUCGCACGCACUCCUUCACGGCCCAGACAUGGCCAAAGGAUUGGACCUUUCCAUGGUUCUCCCCCCUUCCGCCAGCGAGUGAGCGAAAUCAAGCAAGACCUCGCAGACUAA